UAGGAAGAAAGGUAAUUUCAUACAAGAAGGCUAAAAAAUAGUUGACAGCUGUGGGAUUUGAACCCACGCCCUUUCGGACCAGAGCCUAAAUCUGGCGCCUUAGACCACUCGGCCAAACUGUCGGAAUUGUGAGUUGAAUAACUAAGAUGAUCGGAAAUGUGACGAAAUAAAUUGGGCUAAAGAAAAGAAAAGCCCAAACAAUGAAGAACAAUUCGGCCCACUUAAUUUCACGCGCAUGGCACGUGUAAAGAAAUCCCAAUCUGUUCUACUAGGUGGUGGUGGUGGCGAGGCGAAGCAAAGCAAAGCAAGAUCAGCCUUAUCAAAUUGUGUGGUGAAGAAUGAAGAUUGUAUAAUGUAGAUAGAAAAAGAUCCCCCCAUUCCCAUUCCCAUUCCCUUUUCUGAAUCCGCCAUUGUUAUCUCUCUCAGACCUCCAUAACCUCCAUUUCUACCCAGCCAUGGCGAACGUUAUCAUGGCCUCUUCCAAACCCCUCUCCCCUCCUCUUUCCAUCUCCAACAAAACCCCCAAAUUCUCCAUCCCUAAAACCCUAACCCUAAUCCCACAAUUCCUCAAAAACCCCCAAUCCAUCUCCCUCUCCACCUCCACUCUCAAAUCCCUCUCCCUCUUCGCCGCCACAUCUCUCUCCUUCGCUCCCCCUUCACUCGCUGAAGAGAUCGAAAAGGCCGCUCUCUUCGACUUCAACCUCACUCUCCCUAUCAUGAUGGCUCAAUUCCUCCUCCUCAUGGUCGGGCUCGACAAAAUCUACUUCUCCCCACUCGGAAAAUUCAUGGAUGAAAGAGACGCCGCCAUUAAAGAGAAGCUGAGUAGCGUUAAAGACACCUCCGAGGGGGUCAAGCAGCUGGACGAACAAGCUGCCGCUGUCAUGAGGGCUGCUAGAGCGGAGAUUUCGGCGGCGCUUAAUAAGAUGAAGAAGGAAACUCAAGCGGAGGUGGAGGAGAAACUGGCGGAGGGGAGAAAGAGAAUUGAUGCGGAGUUGCAGGAAGCAUUGGCGAAUUUGGAGAAUCAGAAAGCGGAAACCAUUAAAUCGCUUGAUGCUCAAAUUGCUGCUCUUAGUGAUGAGAUCGUCAAGAAGGUUCUUCCCGUUUAAAUCAAUUCCUGUUCUGUUCUUAGGUUUCUAAUGGGCUUUUACCAUCGAUCGAUUAUUAUAUGGGUUUCGAUCUGAUUUGAUUUCUACUUUUAUAUUUUUGCCUUGUAAUCAUAAUGAACCAACAAAUUCAAUGUAUAAAACAAUUAAACAUCGUUUUUUCCUUCUA